AUGACGCUCUUACAAAGACUUACAACCACUGCAGCCAGCACGGCCAGGACAAUGCUUGAGGAGAGCUUUAGCAGCAGCAGUAGCGCCAUCGGCAGAACAAAGGAGUCACAGUUCCAGUUACAGUCACAGCCAUUCAACGUACCGAUGCCGUUGCUCAAGGCUUCGGCAUCACAUGCCCGAUAUUUGAAUUUCAUUGCCGACGGACUCGUGGACGAGGGUGUUGGGAGUGCAGGAAGCGGCGGCAGCGGCAUCAGCAGCAGCUCGGUCACCAUCGAAGACGUUGUGUCUGGCCGAGGGCAGGACAUCAAUGGCAGUGCCGCCGCCUCUGACGACGAUGCCGAGGGCAGCACACAUCUGACAUUCGUCUUCGUCAAGUGUUUCAUUAUUGGUUUCAUCAUACUGGCCGCCAUCCUGGGCAACAUGCUGGUGAUUGUGUCCGUUAUGCGCCACCGGAAAUUGCGCAUCAUUACCAACUACUUUGUGGUUUCACUGGCCGUGGCCGACAUGCUGGUGGCCCUCUGUGCGAUGACAUUUAAUGCCUCUGUUAUGAUCUCGGGCAAAUGGAUGUUCGGCUCCAUCAUGUGCGACAUGUGGAACAGCUUUGAUGUCUACUUCUCCACGGCCAGCAUAAUGCACCUCUGCUGCAUAUCGGUGGACAGAUACUACGCCAUCGUCCAGCCACUGGACUAUCCGCUCAUUAUGACGCAUCGGCGGGUCGGCUACAUGCUGCUGAUGGUCUGGCUAUCGCCAGCACUGCUUUCCUUUCUGCCCAUCUGCUCGGGAUGGUACACAACGAGCGAGAACUGGAAGUACCUCAAGUCCAAUCCACAUAUAUGCGAAUUUAAAGUGAACAAGGCGUAUGCCAUUGUCAGUUCGUCGAUGAGCUUCUGGAUACCGGGAAUCGUGAUGCUGUCGAUGUACUACCGCAUUUACCAGGAGGCCGACCGGCAGGAGCGUCUCGUGUACAGGUCCAAAGUGGCGGCACUUCUGCUGGAGAAGCAUCUGCAGAUUAGCCAGAUACCCAAGCCCCGGCCGAGCAUUCAGGUGGAGCAAUCGACCAUAACGACGAUGCGAAGGGAGCGAAAGGCGGCCCGCACUCUGGGCAUCAUAAUGAGCGCCUUCCUCCUCUGCUGGCUGCCCUUCUUCCUAUGGUACAUCGUCUCCUCCCUCUGCGAUAGCUGCAUUACUCCGCGUGUCGUGGUGGGCAUACUCUUUUGGAUCGGCUACUUCAACUCGGCACUGAACCCCAUUAUCUAUGCAUAUUUCAAUCGCGAUUUCAGGGCUGCCUUCAAGAAGACGCUCAAGAGCUGCUGUGCGUAUGCGUUCAUCGAUUGUCGGCCCAGCCACCGGAGGGAUCUUGACUUUGGCGGACCCAGCAGGAGGGGAACCAACGGCGCCAGAAUCGGCUCUGGAUCCGCCGAAAUGCCCAACUGUAUGAACUCAACGGCCUCCUCGGAGAUACACAUGGGUGUAAUGCGAGCCAGACAGUACGCCGUCAAUGUGACACCCACCACGGAUGCCCAGCAGCAGUUGCAUCCCCUCUACACGAACUAAUCUCCCGAGGGAUGCACCUCCAUCUCUGUGCGUAGUUGCCUACAGGUGCAGAACUAUUGCCAGAUUGAAAAACUAAUCACAAAUUCCCAAAACUGCAGCAGCAGGAAUUUCCAGAAUUUAAACAAAAGCUACAACAAGAACAAAACGACAAUCCCACAGAUAAAGACAGCCUUGAAACAGUGCAAUGGCAGAUAAAAAUGCACAUGGACGCUGACUUGAAGUGCACAUAGAAUUAUUUGGACAUGAAUACGAGUAUUUACAAGGACGAGUAAGGAAUUUCAUAAGACAUUCAGUUCACAUUUAGAGAGAGGUUUUCAGCCGAGAAAAACAAGUGCAUAAAAUAUAUGUAAAAUAUGAUACUGAAUGUUUGAUAUACGUAUAUAUAGAGAGCUAACCAUAGAACAUGAGGAUAUGGAAAUGGAAUGCAAUAACAGUACACAUAAAAUAAGAACAAAGUAGAAGAAAGUUUUGUUUAGAACUUGAAUUUAGUUGGAUGUUUCUCAAAGAAAUGAUUUAUUUACUUUUGAACUGUUUUAAACUCCUUUUGGUUGCACCUUGGUUCAAAAUAUUCAAAUGAUCUUGUUCAUAGAACUAAAACCAAAAGAAAACUACAUACUAUAUAGAUGCGUGUCAUAAACUAUAUAACCAUAAACUAUAAUCAUACAAUUAUGCAUUAGAUAAACAAAAAAUAUAGAGCAUUGAGAGCGUCCACACAUAAUCAUAUCCAUUGGGUCUAUUAGCCACUCAACUCUGUCGUUAGUAGUAGCUGCCGGACUUCAAGUCUCUCACAAAUUGUUGUAUGUAGUUCAAAGCCACAUGAAUAACGAGUACAUAUAUGAACUAUAGCUACCUUUACCUGCUAAUCCAACUGUCGAUACGAUUACAUGGUUAUACAAUAAAUUGUAUUUAGAUGCAAUUGACAUUCAUAGAACUAGCCACAACUCCUCAAGCAAGCUGCUGUCCCGUUGCCUAGACAACUUUACUGAAAGCACACAGUACUCGUACACUCAACUUUCCCUCUCAUUCUUGGCCAGCUCUAUUCUCGCAUUUAGCCAAAACGAAACAACUCACAAUCGCAACUGUAACUGCCACGCCCCCCAGCCGUUCCCCAACCCACAACUUUGUCGUAGCUUUCCGACGUCGCCCCCAUAAAUCAAAGGGAGUUCAGCGGGGUUCAGCGUAGAACAAACAAGAAAUUGGCUGGAAUUGUUUGCCUAAAAUAUUAAAUCGUUGCAAGUACGAAUACAAGCAGAACGCUCACUUUUUUUCCUGCGAUUCAUAGUCAUUAUUUAAAGCGCCGGCUUAAGAGCUCACCGCUGUCGACAAAUUGGCAACCGUCACCAUCCGCCCUCUGUUUAGGACUUGGAAUGACUAAGGGGUAUAUUAUAUGUAGUAUAUCUCCCUACCUCCCUCUAUCUGCCUCUCAGUCCGUCUGUUCGGCGGACUUGUCAAUAUUUGCUUUAUUUAACUUUCGGCGCUUUGUUUAAACUGAAGAACGCCACGCCACGGUACGGUACGGCAUAAGUUUGCCGUCAGUAAUGUUGAUAACAUUCGGAAUGUAGCCAAAUAUUGUUAGCUAAAUUAAUGUUAAAUGAGCAAACGAAAGGGCGGGCAGAGAAAACGAAUGGGAUAUACUCUCACAAACAGGAAUUUUCAGACUUUUUUUAUUAUUUAAUUGCCACUGCUACUGCCUGUUAACUCACGUGCUUGAUUGCGAUGUUGUGUAAAUGCCAGCCCGAAAGACUUCCAGGUGCACUGUCCUCAGAGAAGCAUCCGUUGGGGAAACAAAAAAUAUACAAGUACAUCUGAUUACAUAAAUAUUAAAAAAAAGUGAGCCUACAAUGGGAAGCAAUCUGAGGGUAUCACCAGGUGUACGGCACACGUGCCAGGCUUAUGGAUAAUCAGCUGGUUCGAACAGCAAAAAGCGCCAUAAAUAAUAUCUAGCCAUACGAUUUAGUUGUACAACAAAUUGUCAUGUCAACUGACGCUGGGGAGCAUGUGACUUUUGGUUAUUAAUAAAUAAAACAAAUACUGGAAGAGUAAAUAACUUAAUGAUGACAGUCGCUGGCAGAAGUAUGCCGUCGAGUCAUUCCAUUAUCCAUUCCCAGAUAAGUUUUGCGCAUCCCAAACGAAGAGAUAGCGCCUGUACACUAAUUUUAAUGACUGAAUCAUUUCGUUUCUAUAUUUCUACCUUUAUGACCAUGAGUGAGGCUCUUUGAAAUACAAUUUACCAAAGCUAUAACCCUGUCUGUAAUUGUAUAUAUGUAGAUCUGUGUGUGUAGAAGAUACUAUCUCUAAAUCGUUGGAAUAUAUCGUGUGCAUGUAUAGUUGUAUCAAGCUAAUGAAUGUCACACAAAAUAAUCCCCUAUAUUAGAAGCCAAGAACAGAAUUGCUAUCAAAUAAAUGUCCAUGAGAAACCCAUGUGUUGAGCUAAAGCUUACAAUAUUUUGUAAUUAAAUUACAAAUUGUGUGCAAUAAUAGAAAAAUAAUUGUUAAACAUACUCGUAUCCGUGUGGUGUUUGUAUUGUUCAUGUGUACAAUAUGUAGUGGGCAGAAAUCAUUAAAAAGAACCGAGAACCUUUGGAGCAAACCACAUUAUUGUUCUAAGUACUUACCAAUAAAUGUGAAAACUUGUAGAAUUAUACGUAACUCUGUGGCGGCCCUGUGGCCCAUUAAAUAUGAAAUACAAAUAUUAUUGUACGUGCAGGAAACGUGGUAGCGUAGCAAAUGGGAACGUACGUCAGUACGUCAGAAUGUUAAUUAAUUUGAGGAAAAUACAUAUACAAAUCUGCGGGGCGGUUGCGAUUGUCGAUUGUGGGUCAAUUUUCGGAAUCGGAGCUGAGAUACCUUCCAAGUUUCACAAGCGAGAGAAAUGAGAGAUCUCCCUCUCGACUUGGGUAAAUGUUAACAAGCGAUUU